AUGCGUAUUGACAUGGUGCGCAAAGCAGAGUACUUGCAUGUCGCUGUCUUGUUUAUUUUCGUGAUAAGGAUUUCCCCGUCUCCUGUCCUCACGACAGGCUGCCCGGAACACUGCGUGUGUGACGACCAGUUAGUGGUUCAGUGUGCCGGGCAGCAGUUAACAACCUUCCCAACCGACCUCCCACUGACCACGCGACAACUUAUUCUCGCCAAUAAUCGCAUCGUGGAGCUUCCAGCGCUGGAAUUAAAUUACCUGUCUGACUUAGUGUACCUGGACUGUAGCAAUAAUUCCUUAACAGAGAUAUCCGAAUCGACUUUUGGCAACCUUCGUAAACUUGUGUACCUGGACCUCUCAUUUAACACCUUUUUCAAGAUUGAAGACCAGACUUUCGGCCCUUUGGUGAGCCUGGUGAUGCUACGCAUGACUGAUAACCCAGGUCUUUCCGAAAUUCACCCUCGCGCCUUUUCGGAGAACGCGGCGCUUCAGGUACUUGAUAUAAGCAGAAACAACAUCACGGCACUGAACGUUAGUUCACUUGUCGCCCUCCCCGCGCUACGUUCCGUUGGUUUAAGCGGGAACCCAUGGCUGUGCGCGUGUGAGACGGAGGACCUAUGUUUGUGGAUGCAGACGGAAACUUUCAAGUUUCAAGAGGAGGGGCAGACAGUGUGUGAAAGUCCUCCAGACCUACAGGGGCGCCGGCUCUCAGAAUUGGGCUUUCUGUUGAGGAGUCAAUGUCACCCAGGCCUUGGGCACCAUGACUACCUGUUCUUUGUGGUCAUCGGUUUCGUCAUCUUUGCGGCAGGGACAGUUUUGGCCUGGGCCAUUGGAACUGUGAUUGUGCUCUGUCAACGCUACACCAGGUGGAGGAACGAUGAAGUGGACCCGCAGGAGAAAGACGAAGAAAGCGAAAGAACAGGGACUUCAAGAAGUUCUACAGUCGUUCUUGAUGGUCACCCUCCACAUCCCAAAUCCCCCUAA